GUCACUCUGUGAAGGAGAUAGCAGCAAUAAGGCUGGAAGGCUGGUGGAAGCACGGAAAGCUUAAGGGGAAGCCGGGACUGCAGUGAUUUUUAGCCUGCUAUAUUAUCUUCCUCAUCUUUCAAAGUAAUUGGAGUUGCUGAGGGCAGGUAUCAACUGACAUUUUGGCAUUCACACUUUUAUCAAAUAGCAAGGAUUGUAUACCCUUUUUUAUAAAGGAAAGGACAAGCACCGACAGAACUCCGAAUCCAAAGGAAAAAUCUUUCAGCUGUAUUUAAACUGGCAAGCAGCAGAAGGCAGAGAAGUCCCGAAAGCCUCAUCAGUCAUUGACACUGUCAGGAAUAGUGGUUUAAGAGGAAGAAGGGCCUGGGGCACUACACGUUGUCAGCGAGUUCCCUGCAUCGGAGAUAAAGAUUCCAUCUACAUGGGCAAACGUUUGGAACAGCAGCCAAUGUACCCUCAGUACACUUACUAUUACCCUCAUUAUCUCCACACAAAGCAAUCCUAUGCACCAGCUCCCCACCCUAUGGCUCCUCCCAGUCCGAGCACAAACAGCAGUAACAACAGCAGCAGCAACAGUGCUGGUGAGCAGCUGAGUAAGACGAAUCUGUACAUCAGAGGCCUGCCACCAGGCACGACUGACCAGGAUCUCAUCAAGCUCUGCCAGCCAUAUGGAAAGAUAGUUUCGACAAAGGCCAUCCUAGACAAGAACACCAACCAAUGCAAAGGCUAUGGCUUCGUAGAUUUUGACAGCCCAGCAGCUGCACAGAAGGCAGUAGCGUCACUCAAAGCCAGUGGUGUACAGGCCCAGAUGGCAAAGCAGCAGGAACAGGACCCAACCAACCUGUACAUCUCAAAUCUUCCCGUGUCCAUGGACGAGCAGGAACUGGAGAACAUGCUGAAACCUUUUGGCCACGUAAUCUCAACAAGGAUAUUGAGAGAUGCAAAUGGAAUAAGCCGAGGCGUGGGAUUUGCCAGAAUGGAGUCCACUGAGAAAUGUGAAGUAGUAAUUCAACAUUUUAAUGGAAAAUAUCUGAAAAUGCCACCAGGUGUGCCAGCCCCCGGUGAGCCUUUGCUGUGCAAAUUUGCUGAUGGAGGGCAGAAGAAAAGGCAAAAUCAAAGCAAAUACACACAAAAUGGAAGGCCCUGGCCCAGAGAAGGAGAGACUGGAAUGGCUUUAACCUAUGACCCCACUGCUGCAAUGCAGAAUGGUUUUUAUUCUUCACCAUACAGUAUUGCAACAAAUCGUAUGAUUGCACAGACAUCUAUCACACCUUUCAUUGCUGCUUCUCCUGUAUCAACAUAUCAGGUCCAGAGUACAUCAUGGAUGCCUCAUCAACCAUAUGUUAUGCAACCAGCAGGUGCUGUGAUAACGCCCACAAUGGACCACACCAUGUCCAUGCAGCCAGCCAGUAUGAUGGGACCCUUGACCCAGCAGAUGAAUCACCUGUCACUGGGCACAGCAGGAACAUACAUGACUGCUGCAGCACCUAUGCAAGGGACCUACAUUCCCCAGUACACUCCUGUGCCUCCAGCAGCUGUCCCUGUUGAAGGUGUUGUUGCUGAUACCUCCCCACAGACGGUAGCGCCUUCAUCACAGGAAGCCAGUGGCCAACAACAGCAGAUACCAGUGGAAACAACCAAUGAACAUGCGCCUACCUAUUCUUACCAACAAGCUAAACAGUAAACAGGACUGAAAACAGGAAUCGUGAGCUGAAAAUUGCCUUGAACCAGGAAACUUCAGUGAAUAUGAAGGUGGCUUCCAGUUUGCACAGGCGUUAAAUGAAUGCUUUUUAUUUCCUACCUUACCUGACAAAAAAAAAGUGUUUUUAUGUGCUGUGCAAAUGGUUCAGUGAUGUAGUCUGACAGUUUAAUUUUGCUAUAAAAGCUUAUUUUUAAAAGAGAAAGAAAAUCCCAUAAGGGGAAUUGUUUUGACUUUUCAUUCAGAUGAACAGGUAAAAUAUAAAUGAUUUGUAUGUUCAGAUAGACUUAGGAACUGUAAGACUGAGAAGUUUGGAAGAGGAAGGAAGCUGCAGUGUUUUAGGAAAGUUUAAUAGUCUUCCUCUGAUAUUAAGCUACUCUUUUUUUCAUGUCUUUUAUUAAUUUGUAGGUUUUUCAGAAACGUUUAGCUAAGAUUUAUCUUGACUCUUAAUUGCCUUAAUUUUGAAGACGUCAGGCUCUCAAAGCCAGCUGUCAACAUUGCGUUAGAAAUUCUAGAUUGAAAUUAUGUGCUUGGACCAAGUGGUUGGUGCAAGAAUUUGAUAAAAGCUUAACUUUAUAGGGAGGUAAAAUGCUAAUAAGCUGUACAGGUUAAAACAAAAAAAACAAACAAAAAAAAAUUUGUUGCUUGAAUUCUUUUGCAGAAGAACAUGGUUUUAUUGAUAAAGAACAAGGGCGACUGACAAAAUCUAAAAAAAAAUUGCUGAGACUUUUAAUGAAUUUUGUCUUAAAGCAGUGGAAACUGACAAUUUGCAGAAGGCAGAAAGCAUUUUGUGAUUUGAAAAAAAACUGUAUUGUACAAAAUACAGUUUAUCGCUUAAGGCAGAUUGUUUUAUUUACGAAGCGUAAUUGCUAGCAACAGAAUUAGUGCUUUAUAUUUGCAAUCUUUUUUAUUAGCUUAAUUUUUUUUUAGUCUGCUUUGCUUGUCACCUUGCAGAUGCAAGCUAAAGAGUAAAAGGUGCGAACUAGAUAAAUAGGAGCUUAUGGUUAAAAAGAAAUCAAAGCAAAAGCAAUAGAUUGAAGAAAUUGUGGACAAUUUCUGUAGUCUUUAAUUUUCAUAGUUGUGGAUCAAAUGCAGCCUAAGGAUGGCCUAUUUUAUACCAAAGAUGAAGUGACACCCUAAAGCAGUCAAGAAGCUAGAGAUUUUUUCUGUUGUUUUUUUAAAUCUUUAUUUGACCUACAUGGCCGGACCAGUUCUUACUUUAUUUUCUUUAAACUUUUCUUCCACUGGUUACUCUCUAUAACACAUACACAGUAAGAAUGUUUAUCUAAAAAUAUUGGUGGUGCACUGGUAUUGGGGGAAAGAAAUCCAUGUACAUCAAAAGAAGGAUUAAUUCUGUAAAAUACCAAUUUUUCUGUCCUGACUUUGGCCUUAACACUUGUUUGUAAAUGUGCAUUAUGUGUUACCUUUGCAAAGUUUAUUACUUUUUCGGUCUUCCUUCAUACUUUAUGCAUCUGGAUAGCCCAUUUAUCUACCUCAGUCUAUGCCAUCUCCCAUUGUGCUGAGCAGCUGUUAUCCAGCAUUUUGCAAAGCUUCAGUUCCCCCAUGCAACCUACCCAAUCUUUUUAUGUGCCCAGCGUUUCUUGUGUGCAGAUUGCCUCGACGGGGCAGUGAUGAAGGUACACAUCAGGUCUUUAGCAGCCUCGAAAACGUUGCUGUAUGCCCAGGCUUGGAGAUUUUGUUACUUAAUCAUGCAGGCAAUUGUAGCAGACAGAACAGUCACUGCCCCAGUGGCUUGUCACUUUUAUACUUAACUAAAGACAGAAUCUGAUAUUAAAAAGUUCAAUGCAUUUUUUGUAAAUUAAUGGUAUGACUUUGUGCUAUUGAUGGUAUGUUUACUGUCAAAUCACAGCAGAUAAUAGACUCCAUUUUUUUGGGAUCUGAAUAAGAAAUUAUAUAAUUUUAAUGGUGGAAAGAUAUCGCUAUCUUUGAUAUUUGUAUGGUGUCACAUGAUACCUAAUGGAAAUAUGCUGUACAAAUUAUGAAAUUCAAUCUCCCAUUCCAAAAGGUAAAUAUUACUCCAGCAGCAUGCCACUGCUGUUGUUAAGCAGUGCAGUAGACACUGCAUUUAUUUCAUGGCUGCAUCCCCUGCAGAAUUUUAUGAUAAAGAGAGCAAACAUUUUUGGGUUAACAAUGGUUCUGAUUAUUAACAUUCUAGAUGUGGUACGUAAUAAAAAAACUGCUCUUUCCCUCCUGAUUUUGAGAAAGAUAUUGCUGACAAUCAGGUUUUUGAAGUGAGGGAGAAAAAAUCAGGAGGAAUAGGGUUGAUGUGCUGGGGCAUAUGAUUAAUGUACAGGAAAUGGGGUUUAGGGCAGAUUUUGCCAGUAAACAGAACCAAAGAAAGAAAUGUGCUGUAGUGACUAACAAGUAAUUCGCCUCUCUCUAAAGAUGCAAAAUAUGUGCCUGUUCUCGUCACAAGCCUGGAUUAAUGUCAAAUGGAUGGACUCAAAUCAUGUAUUAUUACAUUUUAAACCCCAAUUCAGUCCUUUCAGAAUGUGAUCUCUCAAGAUUUUUAUAGCGUGUUUAACAGUAUCCAUUUUAUCUUCUUUGCAAGAUUUGAGUCUUCAUCAUUAAAUCUAAUAAAUUAAUAUUUUACAGACUUCCUGCAGGAUAGAUCAAAUGUAUGGAAAGCAAAGAGUGUACCUGCUUUAAUAAUUUCAAAAUAUAUUCCAGCAGAAGUGAGGUUAAUUGGACCUUGUUUUAAUUAUUUUCUGACACCAGAUUAACUUGGAUAAUUUUAAGGGCCUAUUUGAUGGUUAUUUUAAAUUACCACUAGUCUCCUUGCAUGUGCUAUUACAUUCCCCAAAAUAUGUUUAAAGACACCUCUCAAAUGUUGAUUAGAAAAUUAGCAAAGCAUAAAUUGGCAAAAAUCAACUUAAUCUUUCCAAUUUCAUCUGUGGUUCUUAAGGGCGUUCAAUGGGGUUCAUCAGUGGAAAGGCGAAUUAUUUUCUUUCUGACUUACCUUGAUAUGGAAUGGCGGGGGGAAGGAGAGAGUGGAAGCACUGGCUUCCUCUUACUGGCUUCACAGCACGUGGGAUGUGUGGCUGGCACGUGUGUUCUCACGCACUUCUGUUCAGUGUCAUACUCCCUUCCCAAGAGCCACUGCUGGCUCAGAUUAAUCCACAACAUAUUGGUGGGCUGCCUGAGUUAAAUUUGCUGCAAACAUUUAGAUCCAGAAACAGAUCUAAAUGAAUGUUCCAUCUAUUUCUUUAAAGAAGGUAAUGUUAAACAUUUGAAGGGUCUGUAAUUUUGUUCUUAUUUGAAAUCAGAUAUGCAUUAUAUUGAAUUCUUGUGGUAGUACUAUAUAACAUAUUCCCCUAAAAGAAACUGGAUGAUGCUUCAUUCUCCCAUUUUUUGAUUACCAGGUGUUAUGACAGGCUGAGCUUACUGGAACCACACACAUCACUGAAAUGUACAGGUCUAAAUUACAUAUCUGUUCAAAACAGCACCUCUUUCAAUUCUUCUAAGUUUCUAAACAAAUGUUGUUUUGCAGAUAAGAGAGUAGAUGUUGAAUUUUUGACAAUUGAUUCUUUCUUGAUUAUGCAAUGGUGUUUUGGACCAUUAUUACUCAAACGGACAUGAAUAUAAUGGUAGCCCAAUGAAAUGGAAUGAGUGCAAUAUCAUUUUAGACUUUCCCCCUACUGACUUGAUGUGAGGACCAGAAUAAUGUAGCAUUUCCUGCCGGGAAAUUGAGUUUAAUCUAAGCUGAAGGAAAUGUGCUAGAAUUCAUCUUUGUUGAACAGCGAGUCCUUGCAAUCAUUUUAACCAAGGGUCCAUAGUAAAUGUGACUCCACAGAAUUAACUUGUCCUAAAUUGUACAUUUCAGGGUUAAGGAGUCAUCUUUUGAUGUUAAAGAUACAUAAAUAAUGUAUCACUUCUAUUCAACUGAUAGUACCCGUGAAGCUAGGUCACUGCUCGACCGAUGGCCUACUUAGAAAGAGCUGUACUGUAAGUAUUAAUACAGUAUCAGCAAUUCCAUUUUUUAAAAACAGAUUGGCUUUGGCGGACCAAUGUGGUACGUCAGUUUGAAUUUCUAAAUAUGGACAUUUGAUAAAUAAUAGGUGCUGCUAACCAAUCAUGAAGUUUUAUUUUGAAGUGUGUACGUAAAUGUGUUUAUGCGAGAGAGAUAGAGAGAUAGAUAGAGAGAGAGAGAGAGAGAGAGAGACACUAUUGCCUUUGAGGCUCUUCAAAGCACUUAUCCCCAAAUUUGUAUCUAAUUAGUGUAGAGAUAUUUGUAUUGUUAUUGGUAUCCUUGUUUGUCAUCAAUGUAAAGAGAAAACAAAUCACAAAGUAGAACGCUAAUCAGACAUUCUAUUGCAUUAAACAAUUUGCACACAAGACAUGCACAUCAAGUUAGCUUUAAAAUUUUCUGUUUGCUCUGGCAGUUUCUAUUCAAUGUUAUCAUGGGGUCAUUUUCUGCUAGUAAUCCUCCAGUUGCAGUGUCAAUGUUACAUCCACAGAAAGCUUUAAACAGCAGAAUUUUAACUUUUCUGAAGGGAAACUCCCAUCCAAGUUGCCUUUUCGUUAAUAACCGAAGUGCCCAGUGAUGGUUAGUUUUCAAACCACCGAGAAUUGUAUUUGACUGAUUCAAAAAUAGCAUGAGCUUGGGCUUGAUAUUUGGCUCACACACCCUUAAGCCAGACACCUAAGAUUCUGCCAAGGUUCAGGGUUUAGGCCUUUGAAACAUUUCCAUAUUGACUUGGCAUGUUUGAUUGACCAGAGUGACUCCCAAGAAGGCUCACGUUUCUUUGACAAAGGAUGUGUUAAAUAACUGGAAUGUGAAAAAUUCAGUUCCUAUUGUGGGUGUAAUAUCAACACUGACUGUCAAGCUGUGACAUGACUGGAGAAGGUCCCAGUUUGAGAUCCUUCAGGAAAGUACAUCGACAUACCAGUUGAUAACCUUGUUAAAUUAGUACAUGCAGAUGUUGAGACUGCUCUGUGUAUCAAUUCAGAUCCAUGCUGCUUUGUUCAAACACAAAGGUUUUCAUCAUUUAUAACCUCACAGGAAAAAAAUGUUUUUCUGUCUUUUCAAAUUCUGGCAGGCAGAGGUCAGAUCAAAAUACAUAUUUAACCUUCUAAGUUCUUUGAUUUUUUUUUGAAAAAGAGAUUACAUUUCCAACUUGGUUUUUGCUUGUUCUUAGUAAUAAAGUGAUAUUUGGAUGAUAAAUAUUUGACUCAACUACAAAACUAAUGCAGUGUCAAUUCUUCGAAAAGAACCUUAACAGUGAUGAAGCUACAUUUAUUGUCCUAAAUUGAAUUAGGAAUUAAUCAAAAAAUAGUUUGCUAGGCAAAGAAAGUGUCUGCCAGGACAAUCGAUAAAUCAAUUAGAAAAUACACUUCCUUUGGAAGCAAGUUGUAGUAAUGUUCAUUUUGGAGGCACCAGCUGAUUUUGUGAUGAUCCCACAGUCUAUGGACAUUUAGUCAAGAAAACAAAACAAAACUUUCUGGUUAAUAAAGCUCCUCACAUCCAAGUAGUGUGUUUUAAUGUUGCUCAUUAUCAUGUAGGAAAAGCUACAGAACUUGGAGGGUUAAAUGCCAUUCCUUUCUGUCUGGUAUUGAUUUUUCUUUUCAUUUGUUUCCAACCUGCACAGGGAAACUCUGUAACCUGGCCCAAAACCAGGGUUGUUUCACCAGUCAUUAAAUUAUGAAACUUUUUUUUAAUUUAUGAAGACCUUAUUUUGUACAGAUUUUUUCAUUUAAAAGAAACUCAUAGAGAUGUCUAUAAGAUCAAGAAAGUUAAUUUUUUUAAACUUGUGUUUCAGUUGUGCCACAGAUGUGCUGGGCAUCACUUUGUCCAGCAGUUCUUUCAUUAUCUGUUUGCUCCUGGAAAUUUAUGUAGAUCAGUGGAUGUUAGGUUUAAAAUUCUGUUUUCUUUGAAGAAGCUUUCAAUAAAAAAGAAAUCUUA